UAUACCUUCUUAACAAGUCUGCUGCCUGUGUCUCGUUUUGACAGCCAUCUUUCCUCAGAAGACAGCCUGGAAGAAGUUACUCUGUUCUUCUUGAAAGGUGCAAAAGAACAUCUUCAACAUGUCGGACAAACGGUUGUCUAGUAGUAAAAAACACAGCCUGAAGAGCAUGAUGCUCCAAGUUGCAAAAGACUUACUGGAUUCAGAAGAGAUAGAAAAGAAGGAGGAAAGAAAGAAGUACAUGGAAGAACACUGUCCCGCAUUGUCAUACCCAAGCUCCAAGGAAGAACUGCAGGAGCUUUGCAAAGAGUUACACUCAAAAAUCAAUGAUAUCGAUGAGGAAAGAUAUAUUCUAGAGCACAAAGCCAACAUGGUUGUCAGUGAGGUCAAAGAUUUAAACAUCAAGAUCAUCGACUUGAAGGGCAAGUUCAAGAAACCUCCUUUGAAGAAAGUGCGAAUGUCCGCUGACGCUAUGCUUCAAGCUCUGCUCGGCUCCAAACACAAGGUAUCCAUGGACCUGAGAGCCAACUUGAAACAAGUGAAGAAGGAGGUCAAGGAGGAGGAUAAGGAACUGCGUGAUGUUGGUGACUGGCGUAAAAACAUUGAGGAUAAGGCUGGCAUGGGUGGCAGGAAGAAGAUGUUUGAGUCUGAAUCUUGAAGAACACUGUAAUUGGAAACCAAUGAUAAGUGUCCUGUCAUCAUCUCGUGUUGACUGACAGUACCAGACCUACUCAUUCUUUAUGUAUUACUAUUUUUCACAAUUUAGAAUAAAAGUGAAGUCAUCAAAUCUAUAAAAUAACACAAACGUAAGAAUGGGCAUUAUGCAGUGUCAAACAAAUCAAAAGUAUCUGUGGUUUGUUGAUAAUCUAGUCUCCAGAAAGUAGCCACCCUCUGUUCAUACUCUCAAACAACUUUAUGAGGCCCAUUCUGAGGUGUUUUUUUUAAACAGUAUUAAAGGAGUUCCUAUGUAUGCUGGACACUUGUUGGCUGCUUUUCAUUCGCUCUGUUCCAACUCAUCCAUUAAAAAAAAAUAAAAAAAAUGUUUGCUUUGUAAAGAAAUUCAUAUAUACAAACAAUUAUGCAAUUAUGCCUGCAUAUCAAAAGGUCUUUAAGAUCCUAAAAAAAAUAUUA